AUGCCGACAAGCCGCCAGAAGCGAGAGCAGCAUGCGACUCGCUGUGACGCCUCGCGCGGGCAGCAGGUUAUGGAUCGGCUUGUGAGGGUCGUGCAGCGUGAGCAACGGUUGCAGGCCACGUCUGGAGAGCAAAACGCAAACUUUAACUCCCAGCCGACGCCUGGAUGGAGAAGAGAGUGGAAGACUGCAGCUGCGCAAAACGGCUCCUUGAUGGGGCCCGACUUGUCAUGGGCGGACGACCAGAGCUGGCUACAGGGCUCCAAGGCAUGCUUUGAUUUGCAGAGCUCAAGAAAAGCAGCUGGGUAUCCGAGCCCGACAGCCUCUGCUGCCAGAAAGCCCUCGAUGCCCUCUCUGCCAGCCCUGCCGAAGCAGAUCUCGAGAGCCUCUUUUCAGAAGUACGUCGCAGAGGUGCAAGUUGGAGUCCAGCAAGCGCUGCUGGGUCCUGCGCCGGAUGCCGCUGAGCUGCGGCGCUACACGGAAGAGCUCGCACAAGCCCUGCGUGCUCUCACAAAGCCAGCUCCGGCUGCGACCAAAGCCAGGAUCUCUGAAGCGAUGGCGUCAGUCUGGGACAUGCGCUCGAACUGCGCGGCCAAACCUGAGGCUGACCUCAGGGCCUUGGCAAGUGCUCUGGAAGCCUUGGACAAGUGUAGUCUUACCCAGGAACCGGCGCCGGAUUCCAGCAAUGGCUGA